AGCACCCGCCAACCAUCCACAGAAAAGGUGUGUAGUAUUAACAAACGACAUCAGAGCACCCGCCAACCAUCCACAGAAAAGGUGUUCAGUAAUAUCAAACCACACCAGAGCACCCUCCAACCUUGGCCAUCUACAGAAAAUGUGUGCAGUAAUCAACCCAUUUAGUUGCGUAUGACCUGUUGUGUUUCCCCCACUACUUUGCCAGGGUGCCCGCUGUUUCAGGAUUCCGUCCUAUAAACCCUCGGUGCUGAUCGUUUUGUUAGAAUCCACUCCCGAGUGCUCUCAGACCUUGUGUUUUCUGCUGAAUAGGGGAGUUUGUUGGAAUGAUUCUCCAGCUGUGAGUGAAACAUCGUUAGAGACAGAGGGAUCUUGUCUUGUCAAAAGUGGUGCAGAUAAGAACGUGAAGAAAAUGAAAUAGAACAACAAAAAUAAACAGGAUAGCGAGAAGAAUAGCAAAAGACAGAGAGUCGUUAAGAACAAGAGAGUGGCAAUCAGAAAGACACAACCAGUAACCAACAACAACUACGAAAUAAAUCAACUUUAUACCACUGCCCGCAAAAUUACCUGAAGUUUCCUGAAGAACCGUCCAAGAUGCUGAUGAGCCUGCGAUCUGUCGUGUCCACAUUGGUCACGUGCCUUUACCUGGCAGUUUUCGUGACUGCUCGUCGCCGCUCCUGGACCACAGGCGAUGUCCGUCUGGUGGGGGGUCACCGCCGCUAUGUGGGGACAGUAGUGGUCAACUACCGAGGUCGCUGGGGCUCCGUUUGUGACGACAACUGGGGUAUAGAGGAGGCCAAUGUCGUGUGUCGUCAGCUGGGCUACUCCAAGGCGGUCCGGGCCUCCCGCCGAUCUAUGUACGGCGUGGGAAGAC